CACAACAACACACACGCGCACACACACACAAACACGACAUGGACGAGAUUCGGAGAGAAGCCAUGAACGAUUACAAGCAGAGGACGAAGGAGCAAAAGCAACGGGUACUGGACUUUUUCAUAGCAAUGGACACCGACGGGAACGGGAGCAUAAGCAUCCGGGAGUUUGUGGCGUUCCUUCAACAGAACGGGCUCUACAGCGACCACCUCGACGUGCUCUUUGCGGAGCUCCAAAAGGACGACGACGGCACUCUCGGCUUGGAGGAAAUCAUCACCCUCAAAUUCAUGUUGGACCACGACAAGUACAGAGGUCGCUUCGUAGCAACAUCUUCUAAUGUCGACACUCAUAAGCACAAAGGUGGUGAACCUGAUCUUAAGGAAAUUCUCGAAGAUUUCAUCGAGGGUGUCGAUCUUGGGGUGAAUCUCUGCAUUGUAGCUCAAGCAGCUGCAGCAGCUGGAUGUUCCAUUAUGUAGCCGGAGGAGGUAUUUUUGCCGACGGUCACGUUGCAAGGUAGUGAAGAGUAGCGUGAUUAGUUGAAUGAAAAAGGAAUGUUUCGAAUUCUGUACUUAAAAUGUUUGUCAGUAUGCAUGUUACAUAAAUAAUGUGAUUAGUCAGUUGUCCCAAAUCGGCUAUGUAACCGAUACAUUAAAAUGCUUUGUCUAUAUAGGCAACACAUGUUGAUGGUUUGACAGUCUUCGUAUCAUCUUCGCUUAGUCCUUGUAAAUGGUGUUAUAAUGGCAAUGCUAUGUUGAACAAUUGGAAUAAAUGCGGGGGUAUUUAGUGACUCGGCA